GAGAUGCGAGGGCAUGAGCGUCGCGGUGGUGGCUGCUGCUGGCGCGGGCGGUUCGGGCUCUGGCUCGGCCGCUGCGACGGCCGCGCCUGCAGACGCGACGCUGGCCUUCGUGGGCGCCCCUGGCGGGGCGGCGGCGGCGGAGGCGGCGGAUCCAGCUCGCGGAGCUGGAAGAGCUGCUGGUGCUGCGGGGUGCGGCCUCGGGAGCGACGGCCAGGCCGACGGAGCCGCGCGGCGGCGGCGCGGGCCCUGGCGUCCUCGGGCGAAGGCGGCGUCGGAGCUGGGCGCGGCGCUCGCGGUGGCGGCGCCUGCAGCUGGCGGAAUUGCGGCCUCGGAGGCGACUGACUACGAGCUUUGGCUCAGCGAGCAGCUUCGGCAGAUGCUGGUGUCC